AUGGCCACCUCAAUUCUCCACCGCUGCCUCAUGCCUUCAAUACGGCUCCCCUUCUCCUCCCCCCUCAAAAAGUCCUUCCCCUCCCCCCUCACCUCCCGCCGCGCCUUUUCCUCAACACCAACUCCCUUCGCAACCUUCAACCAAGUCAUAAGGGUACUUCAUUUCCAUUCCCUAUUACCUCACCCCACCCUUCCCAUCCCCUCCAUCGAUAAGGUUUUCGUUCUAACAUACAAAAAGGGAUGCCGCACCGCCCAACGCGCCCGACAUGCAGUCUCCCCAGCGCUCCGCGACGUAAAAGCCCCAGAAUUAAAAGGCGUGUGUCUGAAAGUCGGCAUAACGACGCCCAAGAAGCCGAAUUCCGGACAGAGGAAGACGGCGAGGAUUAGGUUGAGUACGGGGAGGAUUAUCACGGCGUAUAUACCGGGGGAGGGACAUAAUGUGCAGCAGCAUAGUGUGGUUUUGGUGCGAGGACAGGAUGGGAUGGGAAGAGGGCUAAUGAAUGGCAUGGUUUAUAGGGGGAGAAGUCAAGAUUGUCCGGGGGGGGCUAUGGAUCUUGGAGGGGUGGGCAAUAGGGUUACGAGUCGUUCGAAGUAUGGGACGAAGAAGCCGAAGAAGACUGCUGCGUAG